UCCAGCCAAGCUGGUGAUGGCGCAUAAAACCUCUGGCCACCUGCCGCCCACUCCUCCGUGCGCUGCUGUCCGGGGCCCGCCGUCCCCGAAGUCCUCUCCUCUGUUGCAUCUGUCGCCUUGGUCGCCGUCCCAGUCCCCCUGCAGGCGCGGAGCCCCGCAAGCGCCGGGCGGACACCAGGGCGCAAGACAUGGGCAGCAGAGCCAAGGCGCGCUGGGCGGCCGCGGCGUUUGGCGUCACGGGGCUGCUGUGCGCUGUCAUGGGCGUCGUCAUGAUCGUGAUGGUGCCCUCGAUCAUCAAGGAGCAGGUCCUCAAGAAUGUGCGCAUCGACCCCAGUAGCCUGUCCUUCAACAUGUGGAAGGAGCUCCCCAUCCCCUUCUACUUCUCCGUCUACUUCUUUGAUGUCCUCAACCCCAACGAGAUCCUGAAGGGUGAGAAGCCACAAGUGCAGGAGCGUGGGCCCUACGUGUACAGGGAGUUCAGGCACAAGAGCAACAUCACCUUCAACGACAAUGACACGGUGUCCUUCCUUGAGUACCGCAGCUUCCAUUUCCAGCCCGACAAGUCUGGUGGCUUGGAGAGCGACUACAUCGUCAUACCCAACAUCAUGGUCUUGGGUGCCUCCGUGAUGAUGGAAAAUAAGCCCACGAGCCUGAAGCUGAUCAUGACCUUGGCAUUCAGCACCCUCGGUGAACGUGCCUUCAUGAACCGCACCGUCGGGGAGAUCAUGUGGGGCUAUGAGGACCCCCUCGUGAAUCUCAUCAAUAAGUACUUUCCAGGCAUGUUCCCCUUCAAGGGCAAGUUCGGGUUAUUUGCUGAGCUCAACAACUCCAAUUCUGGGCUCUUCACCGUGUUCACCGGGAUCAAAAACAUCAGCAGGAUCCACCUUGUGGACAAGUGGAACGGGCUCAGCAAGGUCAACUACUGGCAUUCUGACCAGUGCAACAUGAUUAAUGGGACUUCUGGGCAAAUGUGGGCGCCCUUCAUGACUCCUGAAUCCUCGCUGGAAUUCUACAGCCCCGAGGCCUGCCGGUCCAUGAAGCUGAUCUACAAGGAUUCGAGGGUGUUUGAAGGUAUCCCCACCUAUCGCUUCGUGGCCCCCAAAACCUUAUUUGCCAAUGGGACCGUCUACCCACCCAAUGAAGGCUUCUGCCCUUGCCUGCAGUCUGGAAUUCAAAACGUCAGCACCUGCAGUCUCAAUGCGCCCUUGUUUCUCUCCCAUCCUCACUUCUACAACGCCGACCCGGUCCUGGCAGAAGCUGUGCUCGGCCUCCACCCUAACCAAGAAGAGCAUUCCUUGUUUCUGGACCUCCACCCGGUCACCGGCAUCCCCAUGAACUGCUCCGUGAAACUGCAGCUGAGCCUCUACAUCAAAGCCAUCAGAGGCAUCGGACAAACCGGGAAGAUUGAGCCCGUGGUCCUGCCACUGCUGUGGUUUGCAGAGAGCGGGACCAUGGAGGGCGAGACGCUGCAGACGUUCUAUACCCAGCUGGUGCUGAUGCCCAAGAUCCUGAGUUACGCCCAGUACGUCCUCCUCGCCCUGGGCUGUGUGCUGCUGCUCAUCCCGGUCGUCCACCAACUCCGGAGCCAGGGUCCCAAAGAAGCUGUGAGCCAGCCAAGCCUGGCGGCUCAGCCGGAACAGCUCCCUGGCCCCUACACCCCGCUUCUUCAGGACUCUCCCAGCGGACAGCCCGCCAGUCCCAAAGCCUGAGCCCCCCGGUUGCCACACAGCUGUCCGCACACAUGCACACACGCCCCUGCACGUGUACACACACAUGUGUACAGGCAUGUGCAGACACACUCAGGGAUGGAGCUGCUGCUGAGGGGACUCCAGAGGAGACUCAUCAAUAAGCACUGUUCUGGAACCUUCUCUCCAUGUGACCCACAGGCCUGACCCUCAGGUGCUGUGGGCAUGGCGUCUCCUCCUUUGGGUGAGCCUGGCCCAUCCCACACAGGGCCCAGGUGCUUGACGACAUAUACCACCUGCUUCCCUCCCUGUUGGGCGCAAAGCAGUGUAGCCCCGGCUUGGUAGCUUGCCUACAAAGAACACGCCAUCUGCUCCACCGUCCUGGAAUCCCAGGCUGGGAAUGCAGGCACAGGGCCCUGGCCAGGAGCUGUGGCUACUGUCUACCUGCCUUGGCUGGGGCCGUGCGACUUCACACAGGCCUCAGAAAACCAUGUGGCACAAGACACACCUGCACCAGCCCCACAGCCUCCUCCACCCCCAGCAAGUCUUCCACCUCAGGUUUGGGUCACCACACUGAGCUGGCCACUGCCUAGCCAGGGUGGCGGCAGGCUCAGCCCUGAGCUGCCACUCACAGUGUCCCUCAGCUUUUAGGGGCCAGGGUGGAGGUGGAGAGGCCUUGGGGGCCUGUCCUCCCCUAGCCGAGUGCCUCCCCCGUCACCCUCUGCCUGCUGCUCCUGGCCCCUGGGGCAAGCCCUCGUCUCUUUUCUACCUUGAGAGAAAUGAGUUUUGUUAUCUUUUAAAAAUAACUCACUAUGGAAGUAAUAAAUCUUUUAAAAAAGUGAAUGCUUGAGUCUGUGACAGCCCGUUUGCCACAGGAGGUGGUGAGGGGUGGGGGUGGGGGCUUCCCAGCAGUUCUGGGCAAUUCUCGUCGUCGUCAAUAGCUCCUUUCUGAUGGCUGCCAAGAGCGUUUCUCAAGGGGCUGAUCUGCAGACUUGUCUUUCUGUGGAUUUUAAGUUUCAACUUUGUACCUGUUUAAAAUUUUGUGUAACUAUUCCAUGAAUACCGUUCUUGUUUAGAAGUAGAUCCAAGUCCUUUUUGGACACUCCUCUGGCCCCCAAGGUAUCCGUCUUGUGAGCUGGAGCCUCUAGAAUGUUUUCUGAGUAUUUACAUACAGUUCGAGGUGCCUGCAGGACGUACUAGCAUUGUUCUGCGGCUUUGCUGUUUCUUACAUAAAUGGCAGAAAAGAGUACUGGUUAAGACAAUGGACUGGAGCCACCUAAAAAUUUUCAUCUUAAGUUUAAAUAGUUGCAAUGGAUGUACUGUCAUUGACAUUUAAAAAUAAAGCCAUUUCAUCACUGUUUUAAAUGUGCCUGAUAGGAUCUAAAUACAAUGGUGAGAUGAUACUGUUGAACAUUUAAAAAAAAAUACAUGAGCAAGCUCUUUUAUAGUUAGGAAUUUGAUGCCUUUUUCCCCCCUUGAACUUGUAUUUCCUUUCUUCUCCCCCCCCGAAUUUUAUCUACAUGUUAUAUAUUUGAUGCUUUUUCAUUUUUUAUUAACACUUGAUUGUACUUCUCUGCAAUAUAAAUAUCUGUAUAA